UUUUUUUUUUUUUUUAAUCUUUUUAGCAUUCUUUCUUGCUCAGCUUCAAUGUGUUCCAGGGCGAGGACAGGGUGGCUGGGCCUCGCCAGCAACACAGAAGCUCAUCUGGGGCUGCAGGCCUCUGCAUGGACUUCAUGGGGCAGUUGUUGACCAGGCUGGUCCCCCUCCUUCUGCUCCUGCUUCCAGCGCAGGGCGCCGAAGCCUGCGGCACGAGCGGGUGCUGUUUUCAGGACCCACCGUAUCCGGAUGCAGACUCAGGGUCGGCUUCAGGCCCCAAGGACCUGACCUGCUACCGGAUAUUCAGCGCCGGUUAUGAAUGCUCCUGGCGGUACGAGGGCCCCGCGGCUGGGGUCAGCCACUUCCUGAGGUGCUGCCUCAGGUCCGGGCGCUGUUGCUACUUUGCCGCGGGCUCGGCCACCAAGGUGCAGUUCUCCGACCAGGACGGCAUAUCUGUGCUGCAGGCCGUCACCCUCUGGGUCGAAUCUCGAGCCGGGAACCGGACAGAGAAGUCACCCAAGGUCACCCUGAUGCUUCAUAGCUCAGUUAAAUACGACCCACCGCUGCUGGGAGACAUCAAGGUGUCUGGCUCCGCGGGGUGGCUGCUCAUGAAGUGGGAGACCCCAGCCCGCCAGGAUGGCGCCGAGGUCCAGUUCCGGCACCGGACAGCCGGCAGCCUUUGGAAGCUGGGCCACUGUGGACGUCAGGAUGAUGCUGGCUUCGAGUCAUGCCUCUGCCCCCUGCAGAUGGACGCAGCCCAGGAAUUCCAGCUGCGGAGGCGGCGGCUCAGGCCGGGAGCCCCAGGAGAUCCCUGGAGCAGCUGGAGCAGCCCCGUGUGUGUCCCGCCUGAACGUCUCCCACAGCCCAGCUGGAGGUUCUCGGUGGGGGCACUCCGCCCAGACGGGAAGAGGCAGGUGACUCUGGAUGGGCAGCUGCCCCAGCUUGAGCUUCCAGAAGGCUGCCUCAGGUCCAAGUCUGGCGGGGAGGUGACCUACCGUGUCCACCUGCACAUGCUGUCCUGCCCGUGUAAGCCCAAGGCCACAAAGACCUUGCAGCUGAGAAGGUUCAUCAAUAUCUCCGGCGCCGCCUAUGACCUGGCUGUCGUCUCCCAGAAUCGCUUUGGCCCCGGCCCCAACCAGACGUGGCACAUUCCUGCCCAUGCCCACACCCACCCAGGGGUUCUGAAUAUCAGCGCCGGCGCCAACGGGACCAUCAUGCGUUGGCCAGCCUGGGCCCCGGACAUGACCUACUGCAUCGAGUGGCAGCCCCGGGGCCAGGACAGGAGCCUGACCACCUGCACCCUGAUUCCACCCCAGGAUCGGGACCCUACUGGAAUGGCAACCUACAGCUGGAGCAGGGCAUCCGGGGCGCUGGAGCAGAAGAUGUGUUACCGCAUCACGAUCUUCGCGUCCGCAAACCCACAGAAGCCCACCUCGUGGUCCACGGUCUUGUCCACCUACCACUUCGGAGGCCACGCCCCGGGGGCUGGAAGCCCACAACACGUGCUGGUGAAAAGGCUCAGCCAGGACUCCGUGACGGUGGAGUGGGCGCCCUCCGUGCUGAGCGCCUGCCCUGGCGUCCUGAAGGAGUACGUCGUGCUCUGCCGGGAGAAGGAUGGAGGCCAGAUGUCCAAGCUGUCUGUGAAGCCCACGGAGACCGAGGUCACCCUUGGUGGCCUUCGGGCUGGCACAGCCUAUACCGUGCAGGUUCGAGCAGACACAGUGACGCUGCAGGGCGCCUGGAGCCAACCCCAGCCAUUCAGCUUCGAAGUCCAGGUUUCCCAGUUCGAUUUGUCCGUACUCCUCGCGUCUCUGGGGAGCUUCCUGAGCAUCCUUCUCCUGGGCGUCCUUGGGUACCUCGGCCUGAACAGGGCUGCGCGGUAUCUGUGCCCGCCCCUGCCCACACCCUGUGCCAGCACUGUGGUCGAGUUCCAUAGCAGCCAGGGGAAGCAGGCUUGGCAGUGGACAAGCCCGGCAGACUUCCCAGAGGAGGUGUACCGAAAAGAGGCCCUGGUGGUGAACGUGUCCUGGGAAAAAGGUGAGGGAACGGACCUGGACACGCCCGGGCAUCUCAAGGAGAAGACACGGCUGCUUCAGGGCACUCCUGAGCUGGCCUUGGACGCGGAGCUGCCCUCGGAGGACAGGAGACAGGUGCGAGGACACCCUGAGGCUCAGACUCCGGAGCCCGGAAGGCAGGAUGGUCUGGAGGGCAGCCCUGCCCAGGCGGCUGGACUCCCACUGCUCUUGGGAGACCUAAUACAGACUCCCGUAUUCAGUGGCCCUUCGCACACCGGCCUGGAGGCCUGAGGGACAGAGAGGAAAGUCGUCCUUCGGGCAGGAAGCCUGAAGACAGCCGGUUAUUAAGCAAACGUUGCAUACCCAGCUUAUUCUGUGUAGACACUCCCGCGAUGUCCUGAACCCCCACAACCACCUCGAGAGGUACAUGGCUGUUCUAUCUCACAGACACGGCCACUGAGGCUCAGAGAGGGCAAGUGGCUAGGCUGAAGCUACACAGCACUGGUGGGAGUCAAACCUGGGCCAGGUGACCCAGACGCCAUUUCCACCCUCGAGGCUCUGAUGCCACCGCCCUUCCCCCCCCCCGCCCCCCCGCCCCGACUCUGUCUAGCAAGUCUUGCAACAUGUCCUCUGGUGGGGACUCUAGAAAGCGCCAGAAAAUGGAAGCUGCUACCCACCCCCCCCCACAAGACAUCCAUGGGGGAAGGAACAGAACUUUUCGGUGUUGAAUAGGGGGGAGGGGGGGGGGGCUCGUGCUGAUCCUAGGACCCGAGGCUGGACGUCUUGUCCCAGGAGCACUUGAUGGGGAGUCUGGGCACAGAGUUCCUGCGGGCGGGCGCUGCAGGGUGUCCAGGCUCUAAGGAGCUAGUGGUGGGGAAAACAAGGCGGGGGGGGCUCUAAUCAUUCUUAAGGAAGUGAUGGCCCCUCCUCAGCCUCAGUCUCCUCCCCCGUAGAAUGGGGGUGAGGAUAAUACUGAACUCACAGAGCUGUGGGGUGGGGGAGGGAGCUUAUAGCUGAAUAAAUGAGCCUUCCGUUUUAAUAAAUGAGACACAACUGGA